ACUUGGGACGUGCCACCGGUGUUUGGCUAAUGUUUUGAUAUUUUUCGGGGAAUUGUUAAUUGUUAAUGCGUCGACGAUGAGGUACUGCACGGGGAGGGUUUUCAGGUCGCGUUUUGGGGGUGCUGAUGGGGAUUUUCAGAGAGGUUUCGUGAGGUGUUAUGCCUCCAGUGGCCUGGGAUUGUGGGACAAAAUCCUCACGGACGAGAUUCGUCUCUCAAUAGAGAACUAUUGGAAGUCCAAGAUAAGCUCCCAAAAGCCGGCGAGAACCUCGAAGAAACCUGAGAACCACUACGUCCUGUCGAUGUUCCCAUACCCCUCAGGAGCCCUCCACAUGGGCCACGUGAGGGUCUACUCCAUCAGCGACUCCGUCUCUCGAUUCCACAAAAUGAGGGGAAAAAAUGUGCUCCACCCCAUGGGCUGGGAUGCCUUUGGCCUUCCUGCUGAGAAUGCUGCCCUCGAGCGCAAGAUAUCCCCCUCCUCGUGGACCCUCUCCAACAUCAGUCGAAUGAAGUCACAGUUUACGCAGAUGGGCUGUGACUUCGAUUGGGAUCGAGAACUCAAGACUUGCGAUCCUGAUUAUUACAAAUGGACGCAAAUGCUGUUCCUCAAGCUUUAUAAGAAGUCCCUGGCUUAUCAGAAAGAGUCUUUUGUUAAUUGGGAUCCUGUGGACAGGACAGUACUUGCUGACGAACAGGUCGACCAGAAUGGUCUCUCCUGGAGAUCAGGUGCUAAAGUAGAGAAAAAACUGCUGAAGCAGUGGUUCAUCCGAACGACAGCCUUCGCCUCGUCCCUCUACUCAGGACUGGACUCCCCAAUUCUGAAGGAGUGGCGGGACAUAAUAAAGAUCCAGAAGCACUGGAUAGGGUCCCCCACGGGCACCUCCAUCGACUUCCCCCUGAUCCCUCCCUCCCCCAGCUCCACCUCCCUCCCCCAGGAAACCCCGAAGAUCCUCUCCCUCUGGACGGAGAUCCCCGAGCACAUCCACCAUGUGGAGUUCAUCGCAGUCUCCAAGGACAGUUUUCUCGCUAAAUCCUCAACCCCAUCAGCAUCUCCAUCACCCCCAGGAGAGCCUGAACCCUUCUGGAGGCGUCUGGAGGCAAAAGUCGUUAACCCCUUCACCUCGAGGGAAAUUCCGAUUUUUCUCACGAAUAUGAUAGAGUUCCCCAGGUCCAGGGAUAAUUUCGUGGGGAUUCCUGGGGCCUGCGAGGUCUCCAGAAACUUCGCUGACGUUGUGAAGUUGGAUUAUGGGGAGAUUCAGGGGUGUCAGGGUGAUGAAGUGCUGAGGAAGCGGGAGGAGGUGAUGGCGCAGGCCAGGGAGAUGGGGAUUGGGGGGUUCAGGGUGAGCUCCAACUUGAGAGACUGGCUGGUGUCCAGGCAGAGGUACUGGGGAACGCCUAUUCCGGUUGUCCAUUGUCCGGAGUGUGGGGUUGUGCCUGUUCCUGAGGAGGAGCUUCCUGUGGUCCUGCCGGAGAUUGAAAACACCGAAAACUUCGAGUUCCAGAGCCUGAAGGACUCCCUGGCCUGGCUGAACACGCCCUGCCCCACAUGCAGGGCCCCCGCCCUCCGCGAAAGCGACACCAUGGACACCUUCGUCGACUCCUCCUGGUACUUCCUCAGAUACAUCGACCCCCACAACCCCCAGGAGAUGUUCUCCAAGGAGAAAGCUGAAGGCUUCCUCCCAGUGGACCUCUACAUCGGUGGCAAGGAGCACGCAGCCCUCCACCUGUACUACGCCAGAUUCAUCAACCACUUCCUCCACUCUGAGGGUCUGGUGCCCACCCAGGAGCCCUUCAGGCAGCUCCUGGUCCAGGGGAUGGUGAUGGGGAGGUCGUUCAGAAUUAAGUCGAGUGGAAAGUACCUGAGGCCCGACGAAGUCGAGAAGAAGGGGAAGACCUGGGUGGAGAAGGAGACGAAGACACCUGUGAUCGCCUCCUGGGAGAAGAUGAGCAAGUCCAAGCAUAAUGGAGUCGACCCUGACGACAUGUUCAGGAGGUUUGGGGCUGACACCACAAGGCUCAUUAUCCUGGCUGAUGUUGCACCGAUUUCCAGCAGAAACUGGAGUGAGGACACCUUCCAGGGGGUUUUUAACUGGCAGAAGAGGCUGUGGCUGACCGUUGGGAAAUUCCUUGAGAUCAGGAGGGGCGUCGACGAGGGGAUGGUGGGGGUCGUGAAGGAUGAGGAGAGACUGAGGAAGGAUGACGAGUACCUGUUCGACAGCAGGAACUUUUAUGUCAAGGGGGUGAACUUCAAUAUUGUCGAGAGCCAACAGCUCAGUGUGGCCAUUUCCAAGAUGCAGGGGCUGACGAAUAGUAUUAGGAAGGUACAUGUGGAUUGUGUGGCCCAUUCACGAGAGUACGAGAGAGCUCUUGCUGUCCAAAUAAUCAUGCUGGCCCCGAUGGCGCCGCAAUUCGCCUCUGAAUUGUGGGCUGGAUUCUGCUCAGCUAAAUAUCAUCUAGCCAAAGACGAUGAGACACUGAAUAUCGACAAGGAUGUUCUCGAACAACACUGGCCAGAAGUAGAUAUGAACUAUGAACUAGAUCUCUCAAUUAUCGUGAACGGUAACGUUCUCGACAAACUCAAGGUCCGCAGAGAAAUACUGGACACCCUCACUGGUGAGGAAGCGGCUCGACUGGCCUCGGAAAGCCCUCAGUAUCGAGAGUUUGCUGGAGAUGCUCCCAUCAACUCCUUCAGAUUUCAUUCAGAGCCAGGCUGCGAUAGAAUCAUAUACUUUAGUGUUAAAAUGGAGUUCCCGAAGGUGGAGAGCACCGCGUGAGGCAUUUGAGAAUUCCACUUGUUUUGUAAAUACUUUAAAUUUUUAUUCAAUUGAUUGAUUGGUGAAAAAACUGUAGAAAAAAUAGGGGAUUUUUUUUACGAAUAUUUACCCGAUAUCUAUUUCGCCUGCGUAUCCGUUAUGCCUGAUAGACUUCAGAUAAUCUAUGUAGGGGGUGGGAAUUCCACUUUCUUCGGCGCCUUUGAAUAUUGUCGUUCUGAAAUAGAAUGUCGAUCUUCAAUUUUUGUCUUUGUAAAAUAGGAAAUAGUAUUUAAUUUUUCACCUUGACAGAGUAAAAUACCAAUAUACACUGAGAGAAAAACGACAAC